AUGAAUUUGGAUGUGGACGUUAUAAGGCCCUUAUACUCGGGCUUACGGCUAAAUAUGGAGUUCUUCACACGCAAAUAUAAAUCGAACACCUAUCAAAUCUUUUAUGAAUACUCUCUAGACAUGUGCAACAUACUGAGCAACCAGAAUCAUUACUACAUAAGAGAUUACAAUAGUUCUGAGCUUGAUAUUCCAUCGUUCUUUUUUCCCGGCGCCUAUCGCAUUACGACCAAGUUGUUUCAAAGCAAGAAGGGAAAUAGAGAUCCGGAUUUUUUGCUUGCCUUAAAGUCUAGCGUUCUCAUCCAAAACGGACAGUAUAAGUACAACCCAAACUAUUUCGAAAACUUCACCCUGAGCAUCAUCAAUAACACAAUGAAUCUGGACAUGAUAAUCAAGAAGCCCUUGAACCGCGGCUUCAAAUCGCUUGUCGACUUCUCUAUAAGUUUGGGCAAAGCAAAGCAUUACCAGCGCGUCUUUGCCCAUGUUUUAGACACUUGUGGAAUUGUGUCAGCACUCCAGAAUAAUAUUUUUAAAACUUGGUUCAAGAGUAUGCUGAAUCAUGGCAACUUCAUGCUUAACUGCCCAGUCCCCGAGGGCCAUUAUUUUCUGCAUAACUGGAAGCUGGAGUCACAACUGGUGCCUCAGUACUUGUACGCGGGCGAUUAUCGUGUCUCUAGUCACUUCUUUUUUGGAAAACUCAAGACAAAGCAAGAGGAUUUUGUAUUGGACAUGACUAUCUUCGCAAUAUUGAAAACAGAUUAA